GGAGCCGCUCUGAUCAUGUGACUCWGCUUGUGAAGAGUUGUUUUCACUCCACCUGACCGUCCUUCUCAUCGCGGUCCCGUCGCUGUACAAACCACGGGAUAAUGAGGCUGUCGGGGGGAACUCUGGGUUUCUUCUUACUGCUCUGGGUCUGCGUGGAGUCCCUGAACUCCCGGGGAUGCUCGUCGUUUUUCUGCCGAAAAUCUCAGCGCGUGAGCGGCCUGGAUCCCGGCGUCGACCCCGGCUCUCCYCUGUUCCUCACUCCUUACCUGGAGAAAGGCGCCAUAGAUGAAGCCAGAAAGCUGAGUUUGGUUGGAAACCUCCCUGGAGCAAAUGUGAAGAGUUAUUCUGGAUACCUGACGGUCAACAAGCAGUUCAACAGUAACCUCUUCUUCUGGUUCUUCCCUGCUCUCAUG